GCUUCAUCCUUUCCGGGAUUAUAGAGCAUCCAGUUACCAAAACAGAUGUGACCUUCAAAGUAGAGCAAGGACAAGAGCUAUGGAAGGUAGAAAAAGAGAAUCUAUGUUGCAGUUAUACAGUUGUCUGCCUACUUGAUGAGCUAGAGAAAAAGAAAGGAAACAAAGAAGGUUUUGAACCAGGAUACGUUUACCCUCCUGAAAACAUCAACAAGGAAGUCCAAAACUGGAGCAUGAGUAGUAUUUCUUCAAGACAAAAACAACAUAAAGGGAAUCAAAUGGAAAUACUUUGCAAUCUGAUUUAUGCUUCCUUAAUUAAAAAUGAUGUGAGCAAAAAGGAACAGAGAUGGGGCUCCAAAACCCUGCAAGGGUCCAGGCACCAGGAACACAUCAACAUAUACAAGAUAAGAGAAAACGUCUUUCAAGAACAUCACACUCUCAAGGAGAAGGAACUUCAAACAGGACCAAAAGCCUCCCAUGGCUAUGGAGGGAAAUUCUGCGUGGAACAGUACAGCAUGGACAAAGAACAAGCCAAAGCCAAAAAGAAAACAUCCACUGAGUCCCCCACUCCUCAUCCAGCUGAGGAGAGGCAGCUUUCCAGCCCCAUCUAUGAGGAUGCAGCCUCCUUGAACGCAGAGGUGAGCCACAGAGGUCCUUCAAGUGAAAGUGAGCCCGAGCGUGUGUACAGUGCAGAGGCCACAAACUACCUUCCCACAGGCCAGCAGUUAGCAGAGCCUGGGCUAUGAUCCGGAAGCCAUGUAGGACACCAGCAAGGCCUCUGGCCACUACCAAGCAGAAGAGAACACCUAUGACGAGUAUGAGAACGACCUGGGCAUCACAGCCAUCGCACUCUAGGACUACCAGGCUGCGCGUGGUGACGAAAUCUCCUUUGACCCUGAUGACAUCAUCAGCAACAUAGAAAUGAUGCAUGAGGAAGGCUGGCAGCGCAGCGUGUGCAAGCGCCUGUACGGGCUCUUCCCGGCCAACUAUGUGGAGAUGUGGCAGUAGGCGGCCCGCCUGCCCUGCGGGCCUGUACAGAAUCACACUUCAGAUCAUGCCUUUGCUGGUUUGGGGUUUUGGGUUUGUAUUUUUUGUUCUGUUUUCUGAGGGUGAGGAGGGAAAUAUACAUAUUGAUUUUAUAUUUAAUACUUCUACUGAUGCUUUUGAAAAUGUUGAUGCCACAGAAUGUGCUAAUAAAUUGUAAUCAUGUUCCCUAGGA